AUGGGUGUUCCAACAACGGUCUACAUUCAUACCAACAUUUACAACUACAGCAAUAAGUAUAAGAACCUAGAUCGCUUCCAAAAUGAUGUGAAACAGUUCUUGAGUGAAUAUGACAGGAUCGUGUUGCACAAGGAUUUGUACAAACUAGUUUUCAAGAGCUAUCUGCGUGAGAUUCGCUCGAAGGUGAAGAUAUUGUUGAACAAAUUCGAAGCAACACCUCUGGACGAUGGUAGUACACGUUCGGAGAAGGAAAUGAUGUGCUGUGGACUAAGGUUUACUGAUAAUGAGCAAUUCCGUAAGCAUUAUAAAGCUAUUCACAAUGAAGCUUUCCUCGUCUACCCGAACAUGCUGGAGCUAAAAUCUGCAUUCGCCAAGUUGGACCAUAUGCGGCAUCGUUUGGACGAGUACACCCGAUUUGGCAAAGAGUACACCUGUACCAUGCUGGUAGACUUAAAGAGAAUAGCGAAAAAGAUCUCUUGUACCUUGAAGUUUUAA